GGGGGUUUCUUUUACUUUCAAUAUAAAUUGAAAAGAGCUUGAUUUCAGAAACAGUCCUACCUACCUACACACACAGAAGCCUUAAUCAAAUACCUCCAAGGAGAUCGAACUCUAGUAUUCCAAGCCAUUUGUGUGGAACAAACAACGAACAGCGAGCAACGCAAACACAUCCACCUACCUACUUUAUUUUCAGCAUCGAUGUCGCAGAGCAAGUGGCACUGAUUGCAAGUUUUCAUAUCAAACGGACCAGACCCAACGAUCUAUCCAAGAUCUUACAAACUCCAGGAAUAUCACAGCCAUACCACAGAUACACUCAACGAAACUCCAACUACAAAAAUGGCAGCCAACGCCUCCGCCCAUUCCGACCUCGUAACACUACAUGCAAACCUCCACGCGCUUCUCAUCAAAUUCUCCCUCUCCCUCCAUCUCACCUCUCCAUCUCUAAAAUCUUCCCACAACCCAACCCAACAAUUCGCUACAACCCCCAACCGUCUAUCCACCCACCGUCUCCCACCCUCCAUCUACACCUACAAAAACAACCCCAACGACCCCCUCGAAGUCCUCUACACCCUCUCCCCACCAGCCUUCCACUAUCUCCCCCGCAGCACGCUUCUCCCGCCCCAAAUCCUCCGCAAAGGCUUUAUCGAGACCGCCGAAAACAAUCCUCCGCUCCUCUCAGGAACUCGAAUGCAAAUCAUGGUGAUUCCGCGCGGAGUACGGAAAAUCAUCGUGCACUUUCUGGUCUACGAUCCGGUGCGCAAGGAAACGAAAAAAGAUGCGCAAAUUUCGCCUCUGUCUUCUAUCUCCUCGUCGACUUCCUCGAGAGAUGAUGGUAAAGAAAUUCCUCAUAAGCUGCGCAAGAAAGCGAGCAAGAUCUUAAAUCCACAGCCGAAAAGAAGAGAUUAUCCGACGAAACGGAGAUCGACGAGUCGGUUUGCAAGUGCGAAUGCGAAUGCGAAUGUAAAUAUAAAUGUGGAUGUGGAUGGAAGAGCGGGGUGUAAUGUGAGUGUGAAUCCGAGUCAGAAUUUGGACGGGAUGGAAAUUGAAGUUGUGAAGAAAAAACAGGUGUCAGAGAUGGAUGUGGAAAGGAAAGAGGAUAGAGAGGGAGAAUACGUGGUGAUGAGACGGGUUGUGAAGUUACCGAGGAAGGUUUGGUGUGGGAGGAAUGUAAGUUCUUUUUGCUUUUCUUCUUUUCGAUUCUUUUUAAGAUCAUCUGUCUUUGAGAGGAGAAUCGAUGAGUAUUGGGGUCUGCGCCUGGAAAGAGAGGAAUGCUGAUAUUGGAUCUCAAUGAUUUAGUGUCAGGAUAAGUUCGAACAGUUGUUUAUCAGAAGGACUUGAGACCAUCGGGCGAUAUGGAUACGUAUGAGAAGAGGUAAUAGGAUGUGAUGUGUGGAAAUCGCA